UCCGGCUUCCACUGCGCAGGGUAAACUUGGGCAAGGCACGAUGCAUGCUGCCAAGGAGAAGGUGAAGGACAUGGCCAGCGCGACCAAGGAGAAGGUGAAGGAGUACUCCGGCAAGGCCGAGGGAAAGGCAGAGGCGGCAACUGCUCGGACACCGGAGGAGAGGGAAGCGGCGGACGAGCGAGCCAAGGCGAGGGAGAAGGCGGCCAAGGCGGAGUACCACGAGGAGAAGGCCGAGCACCAAGAGGAGUCUGCCGCCCACCGCGGCGGCACCGGUCGUGUUCCCCUAACCAGUCAGCACCACCACCGUCCCGUCGGCGCCGACCCGACUUAUCCUGGUACCGGUACUGGCCACCCCGCCGGAGAAAAGUAUCUGUAGAAUCUGUAUGUUGUGGUCGGUCCCACCUGUAGUACGUGACAGUAUGGUUUUUUUUUUUUUUUUUUUUUUUUGACUGGUGGCAUGUUACGUAGGUGUUUGUGUUUUUGUCCCUUUUGUUGGACAGCAGAAGCUCUAUCUUUACGAUGGUAAAACAUAUCUAUAUGCAUGUUUCCACGAGACUACUGUUAUCGAACAAAUAUACUGUAUCUAUAGCUUAUGAGUCUUCUGUUGGCUGAACAGGAUGUUGAGGUCAACCGAGCCCUCACGAUGGAGUGUUGAUUCGUGUUUCUUAGUAUGUCAGAUCCGGACAUCGUAUAUGUCGAUUCGUGUUCCUUAGUAUGUCAGAUCCGGACAUCGUGUAUGUCGAGUUGCAUCUUUUCGUUUUCGGGGUGAUUGACAGUUCAUCCUCGUGAGAUGGUCAUGCCUUGGGAAAGGUGUGCUAGUUGAUGUGGUCGUGAGGUGGUUAUUCCCAUCGGGAAGGUGUGCUAGUUGAUGUGCUCGUGAGGUGGUUAUGCCCUCGGAAAGG